AUGCUCGUCUGUUACUUUUUGUUCGCCAUCGCUGGCCUUUCAACAGCUUCUAUUAGGUCGAGACGUCAAGCGGCGCUAGCAGUCAACCAGCAAGACAUUCCUAUUACCUUAAGGUCACUCAUAACCUGUUUGACACCGAUAAAGGACUACCUUUGCCUUGGACCAAGAGUAGAGGUACUGAAGAACGAGCGUAUCGGCCUGACAGAUCGUAGAGGGGCAGCCUAUGGAUAUGUUGACGGAGUCGACAUCGGGCUUUUACGACCAUUGAAUGUGCCUAUGAUCGAAGAUGAAACGGAAGUGGGACAUCACAUUGGAGCCGUCGUCGAUGUGACUGAUCGAGACGGUGCAGUCGAGUUCGGCGAUCGCCUUAAAGUUUUCAAAGCCCUCCGGCUAAAUAAUGGUGGAAUCGCCGAAUGGGAUCGUCUAGGUGGUGGCGCCGAUGUCGGCUCUAGACUGUCAGCUGCUGAUGAUGCCGUCAAACUCAGAUGGACACUGUUAGGUGUGAAUGUUGGACCUAAUGCCAGUCGCACAAUUAUCGGCCCUGGUCCUAACACUUUGGGAAGGGCUAAAGGAGCUUCUCUGAAAACCUACACACCGUUUCCUUAUUUCUACCGUGGCUACUACGAACGAGGUGACUGGUACCGUAACCAAUUUUACAACCAAGGUAACGAGUACAAGACCCCAGCUCAACGUGCAUGCCCAUGGUGUUUCGCUGUUGAUCCCAGUUAUCCUGUUCAACAGCGACUUUUCCCUUAA